AUUCGGCCUCUGGCCGCACCCCAAGCCACACUCAAUCGUCUCGGCCGUCGCCGUCGGACGUAACUAGCCAAAAACGGUGCCGGUUGAGGAAGCAAUUUCCUUCCUCGACCCCGGCGGAUGAGGGCUCUAGGGUUGAAUUAGACGAGAACAUAAUGGCGUUGUGCCAUUGCCAGAUUACUGACCGGGGUUCGCUGAUGCUACCGAUAUGGUUGGACCCUCAAUCGAGGUCCUGAGACCUACCAAGACCCAGACGGCUCUAUACGAUCCGUUGGGGUUCUUCACAGUCCAUCUGGCUUCCCUGAAGAAAGGGCUGUGCUUCCCCCUCCAUCCGCUACUAAUUAAAUUCCUCAACUUGGUAGACCUCCUUCCUUGCCAACUAGUCCCCAACUCUCACCGGUAUAUCGCCGGUUACUUGGUCAGAUGCAAGGAUGUAGAGGUGAAGCCCACCCUAGACCACUUCUUGUUCACUUUUAAGCUGACCAAGGGCCACAAGGACUGGGCGUCCUAUGCCAGCCUUUCCCAGAGGUCCAGUAAGCUCUUCACCAGUGACAAGAAGGGGUCAACUAAGGACUGGAAGCCCUUCUUUGUUUUUGUCUCAACAGGGCCCGAAUCUCCUUUUACGGGUUCAGGGCGCCCCUCCUUCCGUCGCAUCCCAUGUCCCCCAUCUGACGCCACCCUCCCGUCCAUUACCCGCCAACUUUGCAAUAAGGGGGCCAUGAACAUUAAGGAAGUGGUGUCAGAGGAGUCCCUCACCGAGCUGGGGUUUGAGUUCGUUCGAGACGAACUUCGCCACCAGCCUGACCUGUUGAGAGACAAUCCCGGAGGGUCUCAGCAUGACCAGCUAAGGGACACUCCUAGGGGAGGUCUUGACUGCGGUCCUUUUGUCGAAUCACCAGAGCUAGAAGAAGAGAUGGAUAACAAUCUCCUACUCAGUCGCUUCACGGUAGGAAGGAAGAGGAAGAGAGAAACAAAGGGCCAGGGCAAACGCUCUUCAUCUCACCAAGGGGAAAGUCCUCCCCGAGAGCCGGCUCUAAUUGUUGUGGAGGACCAAGAUGAUGCUACCCUGGAAACGGAGCGACCUCCCUUGCCGCCCGCAGUGACCUACGAGGUGGCGACCGGGGGUCGCUCGACGAGGCUCUGCAUUCCUUCUCCGCCCCAAAGCCUAGGGGAUGUGCAACUGGAGACUCUAAUCACUCUGCCUGCAGAAGACCAAGCCCGUAUCUCAGUAGGUUCUGAGGACGACCUUGACAACAUGGUCCUCUUGAGGCUUAGUCAAGGCACACUAGGAAUGAUUGAAGUGGUCGGCCGGAAACGGGGCCGCCAAGCUGCCUUGAACGAAGCGAUGAAGACAUCGGAGGCCAAGCAGAAGGAGUUGCAAGUAGAGGUUGCCCGCCUUACAAGGGAGUUGGAGGAGAAAGAGAGCCGCUGUGCUGCUCUGGUGGCAGAGAAAGCCUUCCAAGCGGACCGCUGCGUCGCCCUUGAGGCGGAUAAGGCGUCCUUGUCCACUGAAUUGGAGGUGGAGAGGAGCGACCGGGUCCGCCACGCAGAGGAAGCGGUCGAAUCCUUUAAGUCCUCUCCUGAUUUUACAAUGGUCACUCUGGAGCGGAUGGACAAGCUGACAGCCGAAUGGCUCAAAACCAAACCUGGGGCCCAAUGGAUGGUCAAUGAGGGGACCAAGUCCUUCAACUAUGGACUCUUUCGCGCCCAACAAGUCUUCCGUGACAGGCUAGCUCAGCUCCCCAAAGGAUUCUCUCUCCUCGACCUCGGCUUUCCUCCUCCCUGUCGUUCCUUGGCCGAGUUGGACCCCAGUCCUUACUUGGACGGAGGGAGCUCGAGCGCUUCUGAAGGAGAAGAAGAAGAAGAAGAUGGUCAGGGUGACCGGAAUCCGGGGGCCAGCUUAACCACGUCCAAGCUGGCUAAUCGUGGACGUUUUGUUCGGGCCCAACUUCUAAUCCCGGCCCGAUUACCUGACCAGGCCCAAUCUCAGGAUUGGCCAACGUGCCGCCCAACUGACCCAAUGCCCCUUGCAAUCUCUGAUUGGACCUUCACGCGGCUCAAAGCUGCUUUAUCGAAACUCAUUGAACCCUUUAGCCUCGAACUGGGUUCCAUUGUCGGUGAUGAUCUGCUGGGGCACCCCGAAUCGACACAAGAUUUGCUUGGAUACAAACUUCCUCAUCUGUUCUUCAGUGAUGGUCGGCACGGGGGCUGCCUCGACCCACUUGGUAAAGUAGACGAUCGCGACCACCAGGCAACAACUUGCAAAAAGCACAAUCUGGAUAACGUCGCCAAAGCAGCCAUCUUCAAGACACUUGACCCCAUCACCUUCUCCAAAAUUAAGCACCUCAAGACUGCCAUGGAGAUAUGGCAAGGUCUUGGGAAGCUAUGUGAGGGUUCAGAGGACUUGAGAAAGCAGAAGAUAGAAGUCCUGCUUGAGAAGUUCAAAGGCUUCAAAAUGCUUCCCGGAGAAUCAUUUGAUAUGCUGGAUGAAAGAUUCCACAAAAUCUUGAAUGAUCUUGCAUCACUUAACCACGUUCUUUCUCCCAAAGAAAAGAAUGUAAGGUUGCUGAGAUCUCUUCCAACUGAGUGGUACACGAAAGCCACAGCCAUGGAAGAAGGAAGAAAUCUGGAGAACUACACUGUCCAAGGGGAUGGUGAGGCUUGCUCUUCCACCACCAUUCCGAAGGAUUCACCUGACCCUAGUGUGGUACCAAAGUCCACGGCCAAGGCUGCCAUUAAGGUGGCAAAAGUGGGUGCUAAAGCUAUGGGAGAUGGAGUUCCAGCUUCAAACCAAAAACUACAGCAACCCAAGGAAAAGAAGAGCUUGAAUGGAAAACAACCCGGCACUGUGGGCGAUGAUGACCAGCUCGUUGGUACCUCCUCUACCCCUACGCAUAUUGAGGAAGCUGUCCAAGCAAACUCCAAGGUAGGGGCGUCCAACACAGAGAAGGGAAAUAAGCCAACUGGAGCAGCCAAGAAGGCAGACGAGACUACCACAGAGAACCCACCAAAAAAGGCACCGUGGCGAAUCAAGCUGGACAAACAAAGGGAAGAGAAGCCUGGCCACUGGAAGUCAGCGUGCCCGUACCCAAAAGUGGAGAAGUACGGAGAAAGAGAAAGGAUCGAGAAGAAAAAGAAAGCAAUGGUUGCUGCUGAAAGUGACGAGUCAUCCAGCUCAAGCUCGGAUGAAGAAGCUCUCGUCUGCAUGGAGCGCAGAGUUGAAAAGUCCAACCAUGAGGAUAGGUGGACUAUGUCAGAAGAUGACACUCUCUGCCUAAUGGCCAAAGAUGAUGCUGAUCAAGAGGUAACCUCACAAACCUCCUGCUCAUCUUCUUAUGAAAGCAUACCAACUUCUGAAAAUCUUUUUGACCAGUUCAAAAAGAUGAUGAAAGACUUUGAGGAAAUAAAUCUCAAACACACAUCCUUAACAGAAGAGAACAAACUAUUAAGUGAAGAGAAUCUCAAGUUAACUGAAAGUCGGAAAAGUCAACUGAAUGAGAUCACUCAACUCAAGACUGAAAAUGAAUCUCUCUCUGAAAAGGUGAAAUCCCUUAACAAAGAGCUAGGGAUACUCAAGUCCCAAGAAGCAGUGAACAAGCUGCUUGAAACGACCAAACAUAAGGGUCGCAAAGGACUUGGGUUUGACUCCUCUAUUUCCAAAAGGAAAGAGAAGACAACUUUCAUCCCUCCUAAACCUACUGCCAAACCUAAUAAGACGAAAGGGAAGGAAAAGGAGAAACCAACAGAAGUUCCCAAAAAGGACAUGGCAUCUCUCAAGAACAUCUCCACAAAUGAAGUCAUUCUCACUGGGAAGAGAAUCAGAAACAUCUAUGAAGUAAUAUGGAGCGAUGUCAAGGAAGCAUGUCUAAUCAGCAAAGUCAACCACAACUGUGAACAAAUUUUGGAUGACUACUGGGUAUGGCAAAGGAAUCCUGAAGACUUGCAUCUGGAAUACCUGGCCAACACACCAGUUUCUGACUCUGAAGCAGAUGAUGAAGAUCUUGCAGUCUUCAAGUCAGUCUUCUCAAAAGACACAGAAGAUCAAGUGGUUUUCACUUCUGAAGCACAAGGUGUUUUGGAAGCAGCAGCUGAAGAUUUCCAAACACUUCCGGAAACCUCACAUGUUUCUGAAAUGGUUCUAACUGAAGUUGUAGAAGAGAAGGCAACCUCACCCCCACAAGAACAGAACCAGGAAACAGCAGAAGAAGAAGAAUUUCAGCCACUAAUCCAAUCUCAAGGUUUGGAGAUUCUCACCACUCCUUGUGAGAUCUCCAAUCCUACUGAAAUUGAGAUCUCGGAGAAGUCAGCAGAAACUCCGGAACACACAGCAAAGAAAUCCGGAAAACUCAGCACAGCUUCUAUCCAGCUCAGGACUGGAUGGAACAGAAUUUGUAGGAACCCUGAAGACUUGCAUCUGGAAUACCUAGCCAAUACACCAGUUUCAGACUGUGAAGCAGAUGAUGAAGACACUGCAGUCUUCAAGCCAGUCUUCUCAAAAGCUACAGAAGAUCAAGUGGCUCUCACUUCUGAAGCAACAGCUGAGGAUUUCCAAACAUUUCCGGAAACCUCACCUGCCCUCGAAACAGAAACCUCACCCGCAUUUCAGGAAACUUCACAUGCUUCUGAAAUGGUUCUGACUGAAGUUGUUCAAGAGAAGGCAACUCCUCCCUCCAAAGAACAGAACCAGGAAACAGCUGAUGAAGAAGAAUUUCAGCCACUGAUCCAAUCUCAAGUUUUGGAGAUUCUCACCACUCCUUGUGCGAUCUCCAAUCCUACUGAAAUUGAGAUCCCGGAAAAGUCAGCUGAAAUUCCGGAACAGUCAGCUCUUCCAGAAACAAUGGAGCAAGCUGUUGAAGCACAAAGGAAUUCUGGAGAAGCUGCAAAAGAAGCUCAAAUGGCAGAACUAGAGGUCUCUGAAACUCAAGUAGCCAUUCUUGAAGAAGAGAAUACAGCUGAAGAAAGGGACUCCCUCUCUAGGGAUAUAUCAAACUUUGCGCUUGAAACAGAAGGAGAAUCUGAAAGAACACUGAAGGUUACUGAUGAAGAAGAUGUCCAAGAAGAUGCUGAAUCUCUUUCUAUGCAACUCUUCCAAAAAACACCAUCAUCUCAUCAGGUAACCAACUUUCAUUUCCAUAGCUCUUCCACCCCUGCUCUUCCGGAUGAGAUACCGGAAAUCUGGACAAAGAAGGUCCAAGGGCUGAUUGGAUCAGCCCUAGCAUCUCAACAUGCCUCCUUUAGGCAAGAGAUAGAACAAAUGGAAGUCAGGCACACCCAGCUAAUAGAGAAAUCUGAAGGAAAACACAGCGUAGAUCUCAAAGAAAUAAGCAAAUCAGUGCAGAAGACUCUGGAGAUUAUCUCUCUAUUGAGUGAAACUGUAGUGACCAAAGACUACUUGAAGGUGAUCAUUGACAAUCAAAAGGAAGCAUACAAGCUGUUCAGACUUAUUGGUGCAAACUUUGGAAAUCGCAAGAUGGAAGUAAUUCUCCAACAACACAGUCCAUCUCCAAUACCACAGCUCCCUAUUGCAAUCAAAGAAGGAGAAGUAUCUUAUAUUCCUUCUCAUCUGAACUUGACAAAUCUAAUCCUUGAAGCACAGCAAAGAAAUCCGGAAAACUCAGCACAACUUCUAUCCAGCUCAGGACUGGAUGGAACAGAAGUUAUACGUACAGUUGUUGACCACUUCUCAAAUGAUGCUCAAUCAGAAGAAAGACGUGAAAAUUUAAGACGCAUCAAAGAAACUGAAGUGAUAUGGAAAUUGGAUAUCUUGAUCGGAAAUGCUAGAGACAAUUCUGGUGACCGGUCCCCAACUUCUGGUUCCUCUUCUUCUUCGUCUUCUGAUUCUGAGCACCCGGCUACUUCUCCACAGAAGAAGCCGGUUGAUGCUUCUACUUGUGCCCCUUCUUCUUCCGUGGCGCAAGUGGUCUCGGUUGCUCAGCCUGGGGAUGAAGAUUUCAUUCGGCUUGACGACCGGUUGAUCCAAGAGCAACCAUCGUAUAUGCAGAAACCCCAAAUCCACGAGCUGCGUAAUAUGAUGCCCGACGGGUACCAACUGACCUACCGGGCAACAGGGAAGAACAUUAUUUCUCUCCAUGUCGAUACAUCGAUUGGUAUCCAUUGCCAUUCUAUCAAGGACUUGGGUGAAUUCUCUAUUCACCCAUUCAAAGUCCUUUUCUUUGAGACAUACGGGAUCAUGCCCGGGCAGUUGGCCCUUAAUGGUCACCGUUUGUUGGGCAGUUUCAUCAAUGUCUGCCGGUUCCUUCGUAUCCCCCUCUCCCUUCGUCUCUUCGAUCAUAUAAUGAAGCGCCAGGUCAAACCAACGGAGGCCGAUGACCUGGUUGCCUGGGAAACCACUCUCCGAGCCAGGGAUGCCUCCACCCGCGGUCUUUACCACGUGGGGAAGUGGAGUGUCUAUCCCGGCCGGGAGACUGACCCUGAGCCGGAGAUUUUCCUGCCUGGGGCAAUCCCCGAAGCCAUCCCCAUCCGCCGGGCAAUGGGAUCCAAAGCCCUGGCCACUGCCACCGCCGGUCCUUCACGCCUGGGGAAGAAGAAGAAGGAGAAAGUGGUGAAGUUUCAGUCCAAAUUUGCCAUUCCCCAGAUAGUGGUUGAGGAGCCCUCCACUGCUCAGCCACUCAACCCUCCAUCCAGUCAGCCCUUCUCACUGGAAGAGAAACCGGCUCAAUCCCAUCAUGGCACCAAUCAGCCGAUCCACUCAGGGGAACUCUACAUUAACCACGUCGGUCGAAUCGGGGAGUACUUCGCCCGGUUGGUGAAGUCAAAGGAUGAUGAGAAGGCCCGGAUGGAGGCCAUGAUGGUCGAGUGUUGGAAGGAAGCCCAGACUGCCCGUGCCCAGGCAGAGAAGUUAGAGGCAAAAUGGGUAGAGCACUGCGCGGCCUACCGCCAAUUCUAUGCCAAGCAUGAUGGACUGCUGAAGGCUGCGAAAGAGGCCGACGAGCAAGAUCAAGAGAAGAUCCAGCGACUCGAGGCUGAUAACGCCCGGUCUGCUGAAGAAAUUGCCCGGCUAGGGGAUGAACUGGAGAAGGAGCGGGCGGACCUUGCCGCUGCCUGGGUAAUCCAAGAACCUGAAGAGUUCGCCGCCCGUGCAAUGCAGGAACGAGAGACAGCCAUCCGCUUCUUCCAGGGCCUAUACAAGAACCAGGUGUCGGCCGGGAUCGUGGACGAAAUCGGCACCUUCGGCUUUGAAAGCGGCCAGUACACUGAGCGGCGGACCCUCUAUGGCAUCCUUGAGCAGAGGAUCCAAGGUUUUCGACCCAAGGCCCUUUCUCUGCCCGAACUGCAUGACGAGGCGCCGGUCCCUCCAUUCCCAGGGAUCUGACCUAUCCGACCUUCUUCCAUAUUAUUAUUUUUAUUUUCCCAUGUAAUGAUAUGCCUCCGGGCACUUUUUGUAAAACGCUUAAAUAUUAAUGCAAGUGGUUUUCUUCUAUAUUGUGUGCUGAGCGCUGAGUAUUUUACUCCAAGUCUUCUAAAUUCUCUUCAACUUAAGAUUUUUAACUGUUUAGAUUAGUAAAUAACAGCCCGGCUG